AUGAUUGCCCUUAUUACUACAGCUGUUGUGUUGGUUCUAGCAGUAAUCAUCGGUCUCCCUGUUUAUUUUUUGGUAUUUGAUCAGAAGAUUCAUUAUUACCAAACUUCCUUCCAGAUCCCUAGUAUUAAAUAUAAUCCUGAUUUUUCAGUGGAACAUUCAAAAAAUAGGACAGACCUGAAACAAAAAAUCAGUAAUGAGAUAGAUGAGAUAUUUCAAAGAUCCAGUUUAAAUCAUCAUUACAUCAAGUCUCAUGUUUUCAAUGUUAGGCCAAGUAAUAAUGGUUUGAAAAUAAAUGUAUUGCUCAAAUUUCAGUUUACCUCUAACAAUGCAGGCACAAGAAAAAGAGAAGCUGAGAGCAUUUUGCAUCAGAAGUUGAAAUUAAAUGAAAGCUUCUUGAAGAUAGAUACUUCAUUGCCCUAUCUUAAAGAUAUGAAUAAUGUACAAGCAGAGCACAUCCUGAACAGUUGUUGUGGUUUAGGGAGGGAGUUUCCAUCCAUGGAAAGAAUUGCCGAUGGUAGUGUUGCAAAGAAAGCUGAUUGGCCUUGGCAAGCCAGCCUGCAGGUUGACGGCAUCCAUUUCUGUGGAGCCACGUUGAUUAGUGAGGUGUGGCUCCUGACUGCUGCUCAUUGCUUUGAAUCCUACAAAAACCCCAAACGCUGGACGGCUAGCUUUGGAACAACUCUAAGCCCCCCACUGAUGAGACAAGAGGUGCAGUCGGUUGUCAUUCAUGAAGACUAUGCUGCCCAUAAGCAUGACGAUGACAUCGCUGUGGUGAAGCUCUCCACCCCUGUCGUAUUUUCGGAUGAGGUGCACAGAGUCUGUCUCCCGGAUGCUACUUUUGAAGCCUUGCCUAAGAGCAAAGUGUUUGUCACUGGAUGGGGAGCUCUAAAAGCAAAUGGUCCCUUUCCCAAUACUCUGAGAGAAGUUGAAGUAGAGAUCAUAAGUAAUGAUAUAUGUAAUCAAGUUCAUGUAUAUGGUGGAGCUGUAUCAUCAGGAAUGAUAUGUGCUGGAUUCUUGAAAGGAAAACUAGAUGCCUGUGAAGGUGAUUCUGGGGGACCUCUGGUUAUAGCACGUGAUGGAAACAUCUGGUAUCUUAUUGGAAUAGUAAGCUGGGGAAUGGACUGUGGAAAAGAAAACAAGCCUGGAGUCUAUACCAAAGUGACUCAUUAUCGGGACUGGAUUAAGUCUAAAACUGGCAUCUAA